GCUUCUAUAGAUGAUUGUAAUAAUAAUUAGGAACCAAGUUUGCAUUUAUUCGCAAGGUAUUCAUACAGUCCACAAAAGGUGUUUGAGGUUUCAUCUCGCAUAUCGUUACAUGUAAUUACAUGUGAGAGAUAUCUUUUAAUGUUUGUCUUGCCCGAGGUUAGAUAACUGCUAGGAUGGGAAUAUUUGUUUCUACUGAUCAAUUAGACAAAGAGGACGAAGAGGAUAUAGAGGCAUUUCGAAAACCUAAGUAUUAUCGAGGGAGGGAUGGUCCAAAGUUUCGCGUCAUGAACUUCACGAGAGAUUACGAGUACCGACAGUACGAAAAUUCCACUUGGAUUUCGGCGCGUUUCGAGAAUAUGGAACACAGCAAAGCGCUUAGUAAAGGAGAAAAGAUCCUCGGUCGCUACUUCAAUGGCAAGAAUGGCCCGGAGAAGUUCAUGGACUUGACUUGUCCGCUUAAAGUUCGAGUAGAGCUCGGAAAGAACGGAGAGUGGGAAGAAAGCGAGUUUGUUGCGUCUCUUCAUCUGCCCUACGAGAACGCAAACCGACCACCAGCGCCGAGCGAGGGCGGUCUUUUCAUCCAAGACGUGGCUGAACACUUUGCCUACGUGUCGAGCUUCGAGGGGUUUGCUAGCGAAGACAAGUGGCAGGAAGAAGUCUUCAAGUUGAAGAGAAUUUUGGAUAGCGAAGGGAAAAAGUACGACAAACAAGUGGUUUUUACCGCGAGGUACGAGAACCUUCUCCAUUUUGGGAAGAAGAGAAAUGAAGUGAUCUUUGUUGUUGCAAACGACUGAAGAAGACUUUCCGAACAUUGACUACUUGGACUCAAAAACAAGUUUAAGUAUUUUUGUUUCAAUUUAGGGCUCUCACUUAUAGACAUGCACAAGAGGAAAUGCUGUACUUCUUUCCAAUUUUGAUCCUUUGAAAUAACUUUGGACAUCAACGAAAUAACUAUGCUGCAAUCAAAUAAUUAUUGGUUAAAGCGCGACGCAAAAACUUAGGGAGAGAAAAAUGGUCUGUCCACAGACAUUUAUU